AUGCUUGUUCGUCAGACUAUUCUCGCCUGCCAGAAGACCUCCUUCUUUGUCGCCCGUGCCACAGUUGCUGGUGCCAAUUCUAAAGGCUACCAUGGCACUGGAGCAUGUUCUCACCAAACCUCGCCGAAGAUCCUAAUCACUGGAGGUCUUGGUCAACUUGGAAUGCCCCUAGCACGGGUCUUUCGUUCCAAAUACGGUCAGGACUCUGUCAUUGUGACUGACAUUAAGAAACCCGACCCUGCUGUAAAGGAUCUUGGCCGCUUUGAAUUUGCUGACAUCAUGGAUGCUGAUGGAUUAAGAGAAUUGAUAGUUGAGAAUCGUGUUGAUUGGCUUGUUCACUUUUCCGCUCUACUCUCUGCUGUUGGAGAACAGAACACUCCAUUGGCGAUGAAGGUGAAUAUUGGAGGUCUUCACAACAUUUUUAACGUGGCACGGGAAUUCAAUCUACGCUUGUUCAUACCCAGCACUAUUGGAGCUUUUGGACCCAAUUCACCUCGCAACCCAACACCUGAUGAUUGUAUUCAGCAACCGAAUACUAUCUACGGUGUGAGCAAGGUUCAUGCUGAACUGCUUGGCAUGUAUUUGAAUCACAGAUAUGGACUUGACUUCAGAUCUCUCCGUCUUCCUGGUGUCAUCUCUGCUGAUGUCGAACCCGGCGGUGGCACAACAGAUUACGCCAUCCAUAUUUUCAAGUACGCCAUGAGAGGUGAACCCUAUCCCUGCUUCCUGAGUCAGAAUACAAGACUACCAAUGAUUUGGAUUGAUGAUGUUAUUCGCGCCAUGGCCGAGGUGAUGGAAUGCCCAAGAGAGAAGUUAAAGAGGUGCGUCUACAAUUUAGCGGGUAUAUCUUUCACUCCGAAAGAGAUUAAUGAAGCCAUGCUUCGUGGAAUGCACCGACAUGGAUUGUUGGAGCAGUUGAAGACGUAUGAGCUCAAAUACGAUGUUGACUUCCGUCAAAAGAUUGCCGACAGUUGGCCAGAAGUUUUGGAUGACUCGAACGCCAGAACAGACUGGGGCUGGAGGCACGAAGUCGAUAUUGAUGGCAUGGUUGACAAGAUGUUUGAAUACCUCAAAGCUCAUACCAACUAA